AUGUAUGUAGAAUACAAAACAUUUGCUUUCAAGUGUACAUUACAACGAUUUAAUACUACUAUUACUAUCACUGUUACUACUACUACUACUACUAUUACUACUACUGUUACCUUAUAUUAUAUCAUUCCAAAUUACCGUUUACUUAAUAUACCAUGUGGUGUUUGUGGUGAUCGUUCUACUGGAAAGCAUUAUGGAGUAUAUAGUUGUGAUGGAUGUUCUGGAUUUUUUAAAAGAAGUAUUCACAAGAAUCGUUCAUAUACAUGUAAAGCAAGUGGUAAUUUAAAAGGUAAAUGUACCAUUGAUCGUCAUCAUCGUAAUCAUUGUCGUGCAUGUCGAUUAAAUAAAUGUUUUCUAGCACAAAUGAAUGAAGAAAGUGUUCAACAUGAACGUGGACCAAGAAAACCCAACAACACCAACAACCAUAGCAACAACAAUAACCAUAGCAACUAUAAAAAUGUUCUAUCAACCAUAAAAUCUACAAUAGAAUCUAGAAAUAAAUCAAAUGAUGACUAUCCAUUAAAUCUUUCUAUGAAUCAUAAUCAUUUAAUCACUAAUAAUAAUAAUAAUAAUAAUAAUAAUAAUAAUAAUAAUAAUAUUGAUUUCAAUGAUCGAAUAAAAAAUCAAUAUCUAAUCAAUAAAUCAUUGAAAUGGAAUUCAUUAAAUAUAGCGCCAAAUGUUUUAUAUGAAAAGUAUCAUUUAAAAUUAUUGAUUAAAUUAUUAAAUCAUUUUGAUAUAAAUAAACAAACAUUGAAUGAUUUAAUCAAUAAUAAUAAUAAUAAUAAUAAUAAUGAUAAUAAUAAUAAUAAAAUCAAUCAAUAUGAUUUAAAUAAUCAAUUAAAAAUCAAUCAAUAUACAAUGAAUAUUGAUCAACAAUAUCAAUAUAAAAAUAAUAUUGAUUAUUUAUUAUUAAAUAAUUGGUUAUUGACAAUCUUUCAAUCUUCUGAUAUAAUCAAGAAUGGUGAAAGUCAAUUGACAACAGAUUAUUAUUUAAAUUUAUAUAAACAUUUAAAAGAAGCUUUUUUAUCGAAAGUAAACAAUCCCCUAGUGUCUGUUAAUCAAGACAAUAAUCAUUUAGAUUUAAAUACAAAUUUAUAUUUAAAGAAUAAAACAAUGAAACAUACUACUCAAAUGAAUUGGAUAGAUUUUAUAAAAUUAAAUGAAUGGAAUAAAACAGAAAUUGGUAUACAGAUUAUGAUGAAUAUGAUUAAAUGGAUAUUGAAUCAUUACUUAAUUGAUAAUAUAAAUAUAGAAGAUAAUAGAAAUAAGAUUGACUUAGCUAAUACAAAUUGGAUAUUCUUAUUCUAUAUUCAUGUAAUGGAAUAUAUCAACCAUAAUUUCGAUGAUAAACAUACAAUUGGGUGUCCUAGUCGUAAUGAAAAUCCGAAGCCAAAUCACUUGAAUGAAAGUAACGAUGUAUUCAUAAAUCCUAUUCUGACUAAUAUGCUCAAUAUUCAUGAUUCAUUGGAAGUGGGUAUUUCGUUGAUUCAAUAUUUAAUUGACUUUAAUUUAAAUAAAGAAGAAAGUGAAUGUGUAAAGUUUAAAAUAUUCACCGAAAAUAAUUUAGGUCAUAUUCAACCUACAAUCAAUCAAUCAACCACAAUCUUCUCUACUCAUUUACGUUAUGAUUUAAUGAAUCAAUUCUAUGAGAAAUUAAUUCAUUUUAAUAAAAAUUGGUUAAAACAAUUAAGUAUCCAAGUAUUUUUCAAAUCUAUCAUAUUACAUCACAAUCAAAAUGAAUUCAUUUUAGAUUAUAUAUUACAAAAUUUAUUUAAUGCAAUUGCUUAUGCAAAAUAA